AUGGCAACCCCUCACCAAGGCUCGAGUUAUCUUUCAGCUCCUGAGUAUGCUAAGAGUAUCCGCCGCUUAAUGCAACUCAAGUAUCAUGUUCCACACUCAAUACGAGAGGUGCUGAAGCCCAGACAUCCAAGGCUGUUGCAACUAUCCAACCAAUUCAGGUCCAUAUCUGCAGAUAUCAAAAUAUGGACAUUCUUAGAGACUGUCGACUCUACACUCACAGUCGCCGAUUCGGGCACCGUAAGCACAGUGGAAAUGCAUGUCCCAAUCACUUCUAUUCGGUCGGGAGUUCUAGAUCUGGAGCACGAAAAGGUGAUUCCGUUAGCCACGGACCACGUUGGUGUAGCAUCCUUCAAAGGACAAGAACUCACAACGAGAAUAAGCUUCAUUAAAGAGCUCCAGCCAAUCGUCGCCAUGGCUGUACAGCUCUCCAAGCUACCAGAUGCUCCGUUGCGCGUUAGUCGAGAGGUUAUGGUCCAAGUCAAUGGUUUCUUCGAAGACACAGCGCGGGGAGUCAGCGAUGAGACGCCUCUCAAGCUCUGGUCAACGAAAACGCCACUACGAGAGUAUCUGAAAGAGGGGCCUGCAAUUUGUCUCACGGAUCGACUAAAACAGACUGGUAGAAUAUCGUCCGGCUCAAUCGAUGACUCCUCGAUAAGUGACUUUGAUAGCAGACCAUCAUCUGCCGCUAUGGCAGAUACAUCGUUUGCUAUGCGAGAUGGGGUAGUGGCGGAGGCUAGCGCCAUCCAGUCUGAAACAGUUUCAUCAAGACCGUCCAUAAGAAGAACCCGCAGCUUCGUGGCCGCUGCUUCCCCCAGAAUUCACGUUACGGAGGCGGCCGCCGACAGUUAUUUCAAUGUACCACAAGAAGAAGCAACGUCGGAUAUUCAAAGUGAUACUGUUUCCAGUGAAGAUCCAGGGCAUAGAGAUAGCGUGGCUGAUGAUAGAAAAGAGACCACUGCUGGGAGUUCCAGUCCUAGUAACGAGGGACAGCCCAAUGUAUUAGCCAGUUUAUCAUCGAAAUACAGGAAUUUCCUACCUUUACCACCGCCCACAAGGGAGCGACUCCAAGAGGUUCGAGCAGAACUACCUCGGAGAGCUCCUCGAUUUGACAGGCCAGAGCCAGGUAGCGAGAAGCUCUUAUGGAUUCAUGUUCCAUACACCCAUACAGGAUGGGUGCCUCCAGUUCUGUCUAAGGCUUGCAACGACCAGCAGAGGCCAGAGUUCUUCAAACAGUUCAUCAAUGAUAAAAAUUGGUACUCGCAAAUUAUUAGAGCCCGCCAUCUGGAGCCUCAUGCGCGUUUUGUCCGUCCCACAUGUAUCCAUUCCAGGCUGAGCGAUUCUUUGCCAAUAAGCCCACCAGGGGAGCCCCGUGAUCCACAAUUAGCCUUAUACUAUGGGUAUCCAAAUCUGCGAUCCACGAUAGCAAGAGACGACGAUCAGAUGCUAUGGAAGCGGACUAGAAAAGUCGUCGAUCUCAGUCACGAGCUUGGUAGUUCAAUUCCCCUGCAAGAUAAUCCUGACUCUUCCAAGACGUUCGUCGAUGGAAAAGUUCUCAUGGUUGAUCAGCUCUGGCUCUGGAUCGUAGACGAGAAAACCGUCGUUACCUUUUUCCCCAAACAGGAGGCGACGACUGCUGAAGACAAACUAUACGAACAAGCGAACCUUCAUAACAGCAUUUACAACGAGUUGAACGGGGACCUUGCAAGACGCUUUGAAACAGCCGGGGAUCUCGCUGCAUUGAUAGUCUUGCAUGCAGUCACUAUCCUUCUGGACAGGACGCUGGACCAUGAUCUACAGAUACUGCGGAUCUUCGAGGAAUCCAUUAGCAUCCUGACUGAAUCAACCACCAAAUCAUUCAAGCGCUUCCGCACUCGAGGGUUCAUCGCUAGACCAGCUGAUUACAACAGGACACUAGAAGGCAAGACAAUGACCGCAUCAGAGCGUGAUGAAAGAGAUCGUCGAGUAGCCAACCAAAACCGCGAGGAUCUCUCUACACUUCUAGAACUGAGAGACAUAAUAGACGAACUAGGAACCAUAUUGAAACUUCUCGAACAACAAACCGCCACCGUCAAAAUUAUGGCGCAAUAUUUCGAAGACAAAGGAUACGGCAAAGUCUUCAUAGAAUCCGCUCUUUCCCGACUUGAAGACUACCGCACUCAGGUUACAGACAUGCGCGAGAACGCACAUCUAGCACAGAAAGCUGUCGAAAACCUCCCCGACCUCAAGCAAAAGCAAGCAAACGUCGACGAAUCCCGUAUAACCCGCUGGCAGGCAGAAGUAGCCCAAAACCAAUCGCAGUCUGUAAUGGUAUUCACGAUCUUCACUGUCAUGAAAAACGUAGCUUCCUCCCGCUCUCGUUUUUUACCUCCCUAUUCGGCGUCAAUGUCCGCGAAUGGAGCGGCGAAGAAACAAACCCCGACUGGGCCUACAUGCUAG